AUGACAAAAAGCUUAGCUAUGAACACAAUUGGGAUCGGGGAGGCAUCCGUCCAACUGCAGGAACCCGAAUCGGCCUCCUUCAUACAGCGGGGAAGUGACGUCAUCCUGAGGUGUCAUCUGGAUGCAUCGGGGGAGGUCCACUUUGAGUGGUUUCGGAAUGCAGACCGUUUAACGAAGUCAUCGAGGCUUGAAAUUAAAAAGAAAAGGCUUCAUAUAAAGGCAGUGGAGCCAUCUGACAACGGAGUGUACAGAUGUGUCGCUAAGAACGAAGCCGGCGUCCAGCACAGUACAAAAAAUUUCGUUCUGGCAGUGGCAGGAGAUCAAACAGCUUUAAUUCAAACAGUGCCUUCUGAUCAAAUUACCAGAAAAGGCGGAGCGGCCUUUUUUGACUGUUCCUAUCAACAUGCCGAUGUUAUUGAAUGGUACUUUAAAGACAGUGGACCACUUGAGACCAAUAACAGGAUCAUCAUACAUUCAAACGGUACUCUCCAAAUAAACGAUGUUAGUGAAGCAGACCAAGGCUUAUAUAGCUGUAUAGGAAUCCGUAGCGAAUCUGCCGAAGUUCCUCAAAGUUACACCGCUGAACUCAAAUUAGCAUAUUUAGAACCAUUUACUGCUACCUCAUUCGAACCACCACUGCCAGAAAACUCUCAAAAAAUCAUUGGUGAAGGAUCUUUAUUUGAAUUGACUUGUCUAGAACCAAACAGCUUCCCCCCAGCUAAGAAAUGGUGGGAAAAUUCUAAAGGUCAUACAAUUUCUGACUCAGGAGAAGUAAGAGUAGAUGAUGGAAUGCUCAUUAUUGAAAACAUAACGAUGCAAAAAAGUGGAGUAUAUAAAUGUGUUGCCGAGAGUAUUGCAGGAAGGACGGAGAAAAGUGUCGAAAUUAUCGUUACUAGUGAACCUGAAAUAACCACUCACCCUGAAAGUGUCACGGUAGAUGAGAAUGAAAAGUCUGUUUUAAAUUGUAGUUUCGAGUCAAAGUCAUUGCCCUACACUACAGUCAAGUGGAGGAAAGACGGGAAACCAUUGAAGCAUGAUUUUGAUGAAUCAAGCUCUAAUCAUCAGAGAAUAAGAGUUUACAAACAUAAUGGCACUUUGUUAAUCCACAAUACUCAAACUUCUGACAGAGGGGAAUAUGUUUGUGAAAUUUUAACUACUGGACAUGAACCAGUUUUAUCGAAACCCGCCACGAUUUCAGUCAUUGAACAAUUGAAGUUCACACCUGCUCCUGUCAAUAAGAAAAUGGAACUGGGAAGCAUAGCAAAAAUUCACUGUAAGGCCCAGGGAACACCACCUCCCAUAAUUCACUGGGAAAAAGAUGGACUAUCAUCCGAAAACUUUCCGAGUCAUAUUUCGGACAUGAAUGGUACUCUUCAUUUCAAUGGAGUUUUAGCAGAGGAUAAGGGUAGAUAUACUUGCAUUGCAAGCAAUAGCCAGGGUGUUAUUAACGCAUCCAUAACGAUUGAUGUUGUUGUUGCUCCCAAGUUUAGCAUUUUACCAAAAAAUCCAACUGAAGUCAUUGAAGGACAUUCAGUUAUGAUGGAUUGCGUGGUAGAAGGAGACCCUAAGCCCACAGUUCACUGGGAUAAGAAUUUGAAAAUGAACGAUUUUGAUCCAUCUAGAUUUAAGGUACUACCAAAUGGUAGCUUGCAAAUCAGUGAAGUGCAUAGAGAAGAUGAGAAUAUCUAUGGAUGUACAGCUGGCAGUAGUGCUGGACUAAACAGGAAAGAAGUUCAACUGCUGGUUCAUUCGCAAGAUGGAUAUCACCCGGAAACGGAUGGAGACUCCACUGUAACAAAAGCUGUUUUAAUCACCAUGUCAGUCGCUGGGGCGUAUAUUGUACUGGUUAUUGGCCUGAUGGUUUGGUGUCGAUAUAGAAGGCGAUCCAGAAAACUCCCUAUAGGAGAUGUUUCAAAGACUGAGAAUGGUGAUGUGGAACAUACAGAGCUGAAGGAUGGAGCUAAUGGUAGUACACCUGGCCCAUCAAAAACCAAAGCAAAUGGCAUUGAAACCCACAAGGAAGGUCAGAAGAGUGAUGGAGCAGAGACAACAAAUUCUCAAAGCUCCAACCAUUCCAAAAAGUCUAAGUCAAGCAAUUACGAUAAGUUAACGUUAUCUAGAACACAUCUAAAAGAAGUGAAACUUAUAGGGAGGGGAGAAUUUGGCGAGGUAAUGAUAGCCAAGAUUACUAAGAGUAUCUUGAUAUCAGAGAAGAGGAAUUCUCAAAAUAUUACACCCACUGAUUCGCCAGCAGAGGAAAAAGAGCUCCAUGUUUUGGUAAAAGCGCUAACGCAAACCAAAGACGAAAACUGCUUAGCAGAAUUUAAGAGAGAAUUAGACAUGUUUAGUAAAUUGUCUCAUGAAAACAUCAACAAACUGUACGGUUUAUGCAGAGAAGUAGAACCACAUUACAUGAUUUUGGAGCAUACUGACUGGGGCGAUUUAAAGAAAUUUUUGAUGGCCACACAAAAUGACAAUCCACCAGCACUAACAGCCGUUCAAAGCGUAGCGAUUCUACAUCAAAUUAGUCGUGGUAUGGAUCACUUAGCAAGUAACAGAAUGGUUCAUAAAGAUUUGGCUGCUAGAAACUGUCUGAUCUCUUCCACUCUAGUAGCCAAAGUUGGUCUUCCCAGAUUAACCAGAGAUCCUUACAGUCAAGAAUAUUGUAAACAUGUCAAUCAGGUAAUUCCUUUAAGGUGGCUUCCAUACGAGGCAGUUUAUGAAGAUGAGUAUUCAACUAAAAGUGACGUAUAUGCAUUUGGUGUGCUGACAUGGGAAGUUUUUGCACAAGGGGAGUUGCCACAAUCCAAAAUAAACGAUAACAGUUUCUUAACUAAGCUUAAAGAAAAGAAACUGGAAUGGAAACCACAUUCCUCCACACCUGAAGCUUUAGCAACAACGCAGGAGUCUUGUUUGGACCUAGAUCCUAAGAACAGGCCAUCAUUCUCCGAAAUAUGCAAGGAUCUUGAGGAACAGCUUAAGUCUAUGUAAAUACAAAUAUCUAGUGUUAAGCCACAAAAACCAAAUUUAUAACUUGUUUUAAAACGAAUUAUUAAAUAAUCGUAAGCUUCCAUUUAUUAAAAGAAAUGUGUCAGCCUUAUAGCAAUGUUGAGAAUCAUAUGUACUUGUAAUUAGUUUUAAAUUUAUUUAUUUUUUACUUUAAGUAUAAGACGUAUCUUAAUCGUAUUUAUUUUUUGUACUAUUUUCUAAUUGAUCUCAAAUUUAUUCUUUGAAUUUGAUCCGAAUCCUCUUUCUAUGUAUACAUU